AUGAACGCGUCGCAGUUCAUGGACAAGCAGAUCCAGGGCCUCGCCGCCUCCGCCGCCGCCGCCGCGUCCUCGCCGCCGGCAUCCGGCGGCGGCGGCGGGCUAGUCGAUCUGAUGAGCCCCGACCCGCAGGAGGAGGCGGUCAGCCACGGCCCCGGGCACCGCUCCCUCCACGGCGGCGCAAACGGCACUGGCAACGGCGCCGACGAGGUGUUGCCCAGCUACGACUUCCAGCCCAUCCGCCCUUCUGCCACCGCCAGCGCUGUCCCCGUCGGCUCGGCCCCCACGACGGGCGCAUGGGGUUCGCUCGACUCUAAAGCCGCCUCCCCCAACCUCCAGGGUGCUGGUGUAUUGGAGCCUCAUGUGCUAAAGAAAGUUAAUCAUGAAGAAGAGAGGAGCAACUUCAGUGCAGUCACUAUAGCGGGUAUUGAUCGUACCAUGAAGAAAUAUGCUGAUAAUCUUCUACAUGCACUCGAAAGUGUAAGCUCAAGGCUUUCACAGUUGGAGGACAGAACAUACCAUCUCGAGAAUUCUGUUGGGGAGCUGAAAUUGACAUUUGGGAACAACAAUGGAAGUAUUGAUGGAAAACUGAGGCAAUUUGAGAACACACUGCAUGAGGUUCAAGCAGGUGUGCAGAUUUUGCGUGAUAAGCAGGAAAUUGUCGAGACCCAGAUCCAACUUGCAAAGCUCCAAAUGCCGAAAGCAGAGGAUGUUCAGUCAGAACCUGGGCAGGUGGACUCAAGGCAGCAGCCCACUCCAUCCCAGCCAACCAUUCAAUCUCAAAACCAAGCCCCUCCCCAUUCCCAACCACCAGUACCGCUGCCUGCCCUUCCUGCUCCAACUGCGCCACGUCCACCUCCAGCUCAAAAGCAACCUCCAACACACUUCCCUGGCCAUGCUCCACAUCCCCAGGUUCCAUCAGUGCCAUCUGGUCUGUCGGCUCGUUCAGUGACAACCAUACCACAGGAAUCCUAUUACCCCCCAUCAGCUCAGCCGACUGAGGCCACCCACCAGCAGUACCAACCUCCACCAGCUCCGCAGCCUCAGGCGCCACAACCACCACCACAGCAGCAUUACCAAACCUUGCCUCAAUACGCUCAAUUUUCUCAACCUGCCCCGCCUGCAAGUGUCAAUCCCACAGCUACACUUCCACCACCGGUGGCCCAGCAGCCUGAAGAAGCAGCACCGUAUGGCCCACCUGCUCAGGGCUAUCCACCAAAUGUCCGCGCACCACCCCCUUAUAUGCCACCCCCAAGUGGACCUGCCGCUCCAUUCUAUGGACCGAACCCUGGCAUGUUUGAUGCUCCUGCUGCCAGACCUAAUUGUGGGCCGCCGCUGCCCUACAAUGCUGGAUACAAACCACCGGCUGCUGGUGGUUUCUCCGAAUCAUAUGGUUACGCCGGGUCUCCAUCCCACCAUGGAAAUGCUGGAAUGAAGCAGCCUUCACCCUUUGCUCCUCCUGCGGGAAGCGGCGGCUAUGGCAGACUGCCCACAGCUCAGGUGCUACCCCAGGCUGCGCCAGUCAGGUCUACUCCAAGCAGUGGCUCUUCUGGAGCUAGAGUGCCCAUCGACGACGUGAUUGAGAAGGUGGCCACGAUGGGGUUCUCCAAAGAGCAGGUCAGGGCGACAGUCCGCAAGCUGACUGAGAACGGGCAGAACGUGGAUCUGAACGUGGUGCUCGACAAGCUGAUGAAUGACACCGAUGCUCAGCCCCAGAGGAGCUGGUAUGGGCGGUGA